AUGUCCCCGUUUCAAGCUUUAUAUGGGAAGGUACCUACCUUAGUACCCCAAUAUCAGAAAGGGGAAGUAAAGGUUGAGGUCGUUGACAUGAUGUUGUUCCAACGUCAACAAGUUCUCAAUCUAUUGAAAACUCAGCUGCAGCAAGCUCAGUUACGCAUGAAAAAUAAUGCAGAUAAGAAGAGACAGGAGAGAACGUUUCAGGUUGGAGACAAGGUUUUGCUAAAAUUGCAACCUUACAGACAGUUGUCAGUAGCUAGGAGAGCUAAUCAUAAGCUUGCCAAAAGGUACUUUGGACCAUUUCCAGUUGAAAAGGUAAUCAGCCCUGUGGCUUAUCUAUUAACAUUACCUAAAGGUAGCAUGAUUCAUCCUACUUUCCACGUCUCCUUGUUGAAACCGUUUUUUGGUAAAGCUGAAGUUAGUUAUGAGCCUCUCCCUGUAUCGAGUAUGGACAACAAGCCAAUUCAACAACCGGUUGCAGUGUUGGCUACAAGACAGACAAAGGCUCGAGGAAGGUUCAUAACAGAGUGUUUGGUUCAAUGGUCUUCAAUUGUUCCUGAAGAUGCUUCUUGGGUGGAGCUGAGAGAGUUGAAGCAGGUUUACCCUGAACUCAACCUUGAGGACAAGGUUACUGUUUUAGGGGAGGCUGUUGAUACGAAGAAGGAAGGGGAUAAGGGAGCUCCAAGACGUGGAAUCAGAUUGAAGGGAUGUCCAACUUGGGCUAAAGACUAUAUGCAGUAG